AACGUUCCCAUCAAAAGUGCUGCUCCAAUCAACUCGAGAUGUCCGUCGUAAAAAGCUGCUUGCUCGCGUCAUUUGUCAUCGCCGUCGUUGCCGGUUUCCCCCGGGGCGCAUCGAGCAACUAUAACAACCUGUGCCAUAACGUCGUCUCCGGAAUACGGGAGCAUCCAGUCAAUUGUGAUCGAUACAUCGAGUGCACUAAAUUCGAAGCCAGCGAAAUCACUUGCCCCGAGGGCCAAAUUUUCUCCGCAGAUCUGAUUGGCUGUGUCGAUGGCGACAGCGCUACGUGCCUGAUGAAACCCGCUUGCGGCGAAGGAUACUACGGAAGAAUGGCGUGUCCUGGCUACUGCGCCAAGUAUUACAUCUGUACCAACGGGGAUGUUCGGCUCGAGUCCUGCUUGGAAGGUUAUAUUUACUACGAACCAUUUGAAGUGUGCCUGCCAGGGUACGAGGACCAUGGCGAGUGCAAGCUGUAUAGUGUUAAUGAGGUUUAAAUUUUUGAGUUAAAGUAAAUAAAAGUAUGUGUUUAUGUUAAGAGUGUUAAGAGGUACAGUGUUAAAAUCGGAAUAUAUAUAGUUUGCUUGUCUUUCAGUCACGCGCCCGACAAACGAAAAUUACUCAAAUUGCCUUUUUUCCAAGCAAACUCUGAAUCUGA